CUUCGUCUGGCACAGAUCUGGCUUGUUCGCUCUUUUGUACAGAGAGCGACCUGGGCGAACUUCACUACAUACGGCGUCAUCGGACGCGUAUAUGGCUACCACUGAAACUUUGGAUUCGUCCGGGAAUGACCAGAAUGCGGAAGAAGUCAGUCGAAGGGUUGGGGGACAAGCUGGAGAACCGGAGCAUAACUUCUCCUCAAAGGAGCAUGUGGCUGUAGAGGUUUUAGAAGGACAGCUGCAGGACGCAAGCCCUGUAUCUCCUUCAUCGGCAACAGGCUCGACGCCGUACAGGGCGAGUCCAGUCAAUGGGCUGCCGCCUGGAGCAACGAACGCUCCUACUUUGAACGUGCCUCAUCCCAAGAAGUUCAGCCACAGCAACAUCAACAAGAAGUUCUUGGAGAAGACGCUAUCCACCUCCUCUCCAGGUUCGAGUUCAUCCGUGUCUUCUGCGGCGAAGGUUGGAAGCACAACACCAAAACCUAUGGCUCAGACAGCACCUUCUCAUUCCCGGCUGGUGACCACCAAGCUAACUGCUUCGCCGCAGCCAUCAAUGACAACCGGACCAGGAUGGUCUCGUCCUCCAUCAUCUGUGUCCUCUGUGGCUCCUACCCCUUCAUCUGCCACUAACCCCAAACCUCCGCCUCUCCUUACCUCAACAACCAAUACAUCUGCCCCUCAACCAGCCCCCGCAGGGAAAGUCAUCCAACCGCAACCGCGUGGAGCGUCUGAGAUGUUCGCGACUUCUGUAAAGAAGGAUGGUCCCAGUAGACCUGCAUGGGGCAACGCGAAGAACGCAGCGACCGUGGUCAGUAAGUUGGAUGCAGUAGCUAGUGACUUUCCGACAGCGGCAGAAGUAGCGCAAGGUCGAACAUCAAGAGCGUUGGAGAUCAAGGAAGCUGCUCAAGCCUCCGAAGUUCAGAAGCAAGCAUUGGCUGCAGAGGAGGAUACAUUUCGUGGAGUGCACCUUGAUCCUAAGGCGCAUCACUGGGAUGAGAUGGAGGAAGACAACGACGAUUUCCUUGGCGGAGUCAUCGAGUUCGAAGAUGGCCGACAGUACAAAGUCGAGGAGACGGAGAUAGUUCAAUCAGCAUCGAUAUCCCAAGUCUCCGUGCGGGGGUCUGAUGGAGGUUUCGAUUCCACACAACAUCCAGUGAGCAAAGAGGAAAGAUUUGCGGAUGACUUCGACAGAAGCUGGCCUCGGUCAAAACACGCCAUGGGGUUCCCUCCCCCUCGAGACCAGUACUCAAACGGCGCUCCGUCUUCGGCGUCCUCGCAGUCUGUGCAUUCUCCUCAAGAAUCGUCUCGCGUGCUAUUCAAUGAGAGGUCAAAUAGGUUAGAGCCCUAUUCUAGCGCUCACCCACCUCAUCGGCAGAACGGGGCAGGACCGUCCUCCUUCUUCUCACGCAGAGACAGUCGGUCUGACUAUGCUGCACCACCUUCGGAGAUGAGACCAGGACGUGACGUGCCUCCUCAUGUUCACGCACCAGGAGUACAGCUUCUGCAAAAGGAAUUCGGACAUAAUGAAUUUCGUCAGGAAAGCCAUUACGGACGUUCUCGUGUCGUUGGAGACCACCACGGACCAAUUACUACGUCGCCACUUGAGACAUCUCGCUUCCGCGACCGAGAAUCGCAUCGACGAGAUUUUGGCGCCCCGCCACCAGCUCUUACGCGCACAUCUUCUCAGGGGUUUAAAGGGCGGAGUAGAGAUCAGCACACUCCGUAUGGCAUGCCCGGUGGCAUGCCCAGCUUGUCUCCCGGAGGUAGAGAUGGCGAAGAGCGUCCCCGUCAAACAUCCACAAUGGGACCACCUCCCUUGCCGAUAUCUCCGACGAAAGACAGUGGACCUGGCAGGGAAUUACCGCCGCAUAUGUCGACUCCGCAGAGAUCACCAGCUUGCAUAUCACAGACUACGACUCUCGCUGAAGGUUUGCAUCCCAGCCCACUUCCGGUACCGCCCUCUACGUUACCGCCAGUCGAGCCCUCUGCCAACGCUCCAACGCCAGCAGGAACGGAAACUUCACCUCUGCCACCAACGCAGUCGCCCGUAGAUAUCGAUGAGGUGCGCAAAGCAGUCAUGCAUAACGCCGUUGAGCGCGCCAGAAUUCGAAGGCAACAGGAAGAAGAAGAGCGGGAGAAAGAGAAGGAACGUGCUCGCAAAAAAGCGGCGGAGCUUGAGGAGAAAAUGAAGACAAUGGAGAAGGCCAAGGCGUCACAAGGACCAGAAGCUAACGGGACAGCGGAAUCCCAGGCGAUUAAUGUCAUUGACAGUGCUGUCAAAGGCGCGAUUGCUAAGGAGGCAAUUGUUCAGGAGGUCACGUCAAACAACGCCGAUGCUUCAAGGUCAGGUACCUCUAUAGAGCAACCGCCUUUAGCUCGGCCGGCUUUCAAUCAGGCAGCGUCAUCUAAGGGCACAUUUCGUCCUGCACAACCUCGGCAAAUGUCAUUCGCUUCAUCUGUUGCUGGCGAGAUGCCCUCACCUGCUGCUGAAGCGCAAUCCUGGCGAAGCAGAGGCUCCGGCCGCUCAUCACCUCCUCAUCAUGGUCCGCCAAGUGAUGAGCAACUGCUACCACCGCCUCUCAUCCAUGAGGUAGAGGCCUUACUCGUCAAUUCUGACGAGGAUCUGGAAGUGGUGGACUUCUCUGAGAUGGGCAAGCUGGUCGAUGCACAUGGUACCGCACUACAGCCUCAAGAGUCAUUGCAAACAAUUCAUCCCUUGUCAAUGCGGCCUCUCAGGCCUGUUGCAGCCGAUUUCUUUGGAGACAGCAAGGCAGCACAUGAGCUAACGUCGGCUGCCAUUACUGACGAGAGUACGUGGAGACGUAAGAGUACGCAUCAAAAUCAUUCGCCGGAGCGGCCAGAGAUUGUCUUCGCAACGGGACCCAAAGGAGAAAGGCCGAUGACCUCAUUGGAACAGGCAGACAUCCUCAGAUUGCCUGGACACUCCCCGGUCUCAAAUGCGCAUUCAGCGAUUGUGCCGUAUCUCAGGCAUCAUGAUGACCAUGCUCGUCCUCAUCCCAAUUCCAAUCACCUCGCAGCUGCACCUGCCCAUCAUGUAAACGGGUCGCAACGAUCACCAUUGACUUCGUCUUAUCGGGAGGCACCGAUGUCGACAUUGGACGACACACUGUCGCGGAUCAAGGGUGCGCUGGAUGGGAUGCAUUCUCAAACAGAGCCUGUCAAACAUGCCAAAUGGUUGCCACCUGCUCUUCGACUCAAGCCUGCACAUGAUAUAUGCCUUCCAUCGGAAGUCUUUGAUGUUACGGGCUUUGAGCCUCCCAAGUCUCCCAAACCCGCUUGGAAUGUCUACGGCGUCAAGCUUCCCCAUGUCUCUCGUCCUGUGCCGCCUAUUUCCAGACAGCAGCUUCGGUCUUCGCAAAAUACUUCGGCUUCCAGUUGGCCAGAGAUUUAUUCAUGGAAUUCCUCUGCUGCCGGUGUUCGACGACGUGGUUUGUCGAUCAACGAUAUAUUAUUCCGUGAGCCUUUCACAUACAAAAGAAGUCCACGAUACACAGUGAGGCUACCACAGAGGCGAUAUGCCCUUCGGCCGGUCAUCGAAGAAGCCAUUAGCCCCGUUGUGAAUCUGCCUUCUAAGCCGUCUGGUGUAAGACCUACCUCUGCAAAUACACAGAUGCCAGACGACUCGCAACGGGGUGAAUCAAUGCAGACUUCCUUCGUGGAGGUCCAGCCCCCGGAUGCUUUCUCUCAGUACACACUGGAUACUAUUAGCCGGUCGCCUCCUCCCGAGCUGCUUUCUGGUUUACCUCAUACAGCAUCUCUUCCCAAAGGAGAGGCGGUAUCCAGGUCCGCAGUUGUUGAUGCUCCCGUGAGGUCACGGUCACAACCCAAGAUGCCUGUUGGUUCUGACGUUGCUUUCUACCGUGAUGCGAGAGUUGAUUAUCGUGCGCAGCCAGAAACGACAGUAAACUUCAUUGUGACCAGUGAACUGGAAGACGAACGUUCGAAUGCGACAGAGGCGGCUGUGUCGUUGAAUGGCCUUCCUGGGCCUUCGGAGGACGGCCACCCUGAACCUCUUGCAAAUCAUGUCCCUGACAAGGCAGAAGGCAGCAAAAGUGAACAGGAGAAGACUACGCUCCCUCCUGAGCGAGCGGUCAUCACUCCCCCUCCUAGCAAUGCAAAUGGCUUGCUCAAUAAAUUGCCAAGAACAUCCAAGGACUCAUCGCGGAGAGUUCCAGACCGUGAACAUCUGAAGGCAGUCUGGUCACAAACAUCCGAUAAGGCGGAUGUGCCAUCGGUAAACUCUCUAAAGGGCAUUGCAGAUGACCUAACAGCUGUACCAUUCACUUUGCAUGAGGUGAAGUCUGAAGAUGGUGAGACGCCUCCCCCUUCUGGUUCGGGGCCGUCGUCGAGGAUGUCGUCACACGACGUUAUACGUGCCUUCCAGCAAGUGCCUUCACCAACCGUGACGUCUCCAUCAAGAAGUACGACUUUACCUCCACCAAUAGGGUCACCACCGAACGGCCAGGCGGCGCGCUUGCCAUAUGCAUAUGCCCCCAUGCCGACAGGAGGCCUACGGCCAACAUACGGGUAUCCCAUGAUGAGUCAGACUCCCAGUCCGACCAUCAUGUACCCUCCGCAGAUGGCACCUAGUCCGGUACCUAGGCCAAUGUUAGUCAACGGUCCACCUUCCCCAUAUGCUCAGCCAAUUUGGAUGCCAGUGCAAGGGCCAACUGCUCCUCCGCAACCGGCCACGAUGAUGCGUCCGAUUCCGUCGCCUUACCCUGCGCAGCUUCUACCUUACCCUUCACAUGGUGGGGCAGUUCCGGUUUACGGUCCUCCACUCAACAUGCAGGGCGCAUCUACUCAAUCAAACGGUAUCCAGGGUCGAGCUAGCAUGCCCAUGAUGAGUCCUGGAUUGCAACCGGCCAUUCCUAAUCUUCCGAUGUAUGGCAGUAGUCCCGUUCUCAUGCAUUCGCCAUCGAUGUUACCAAUGCCGCCAGCUUAUGCUGGUGUGCUCCCCAACCGGGGACAAGGACGGGAACAUGCUCCGGGAAUGCCAGCAAUGUCUCCGUCCAUGAAUCAUCACCCGCCACCUGCCGGUUCAUACGGUGUUGCGCCGAACUCCUAUUCACGUCCAUCGUGGUGACACGCACUCAUAUCCAGGUUUGUCUUCUUACGGUUGCUGCUACUGUGCCGUGUCCUUUGCGCGCGACCUGUAUAUACUCUGUUUUCUUGCUCAUCGUUAAACGCUGUCGUUGCAUAAGUUAUCCGUAUUACAAGCAAUCAGGACUAGUCGGGACCAUCUUCAUUAAGCAUGAGCCAAUCGAACAGCGUUCUCCGCUGCUUCGUCUAGUUCAUCAAAUGGUAUGAUCUUCAGGCCCGAGUCACGGAUCAUCCUGGAAGGAGCCCUUGAGACACAGAAAAGCGAGAUCUUGGCGUCACUCACUGUUUCGCCUCUGUCUCCUUCGUCCCCUUCAAACGGACGACCAAGGGUAUGUGCAGGCCAAGCUCUUUGGCUGCUUGAAUGACGCCCUCAGCGAUGUAAUCACAACGCAUGAUGCCUGGUAUUAAAG